AUGGCGGAUCUGAUGGAAUUCCAGCCUGCACCUGGCACUAAUGCUGGAGAUGGCUAUACGAUCAAUAUAGGCGCAGCAUUCAACAAUGCAGGUCCCGGUGCCACCGUAGGUCCCAGUGCCACCGCGGGUCCCAGUGCCAACGCGGGUCCCGGUGCCAACGCAUGUUCCAGUGGUCCCAGUCCAACCACUUCCCGUGUCACACGCUCCAGCACUGCCCGCACCAAUGCAGUCAAUAACCAGGAUCAGGAGGACGAGGAGGACGAGGAUGAGGACGAGGACGAUGCUAACGAUAACGGAGAUGGCGGCGGAGCUGGUGACCAUAAUCACAAUGGCGAAGACCAUGACGAGGAAGAUGAUGAAGAAGAGGGAGGAGCGGGAGAGCAGGGGGGCACAGUGGCAGCACUGCGGGUGCAACGUCCGCUGUCGCACAAGGCGGGAGGGGAGGGAGAGGAGGUGCUAGAGGAGGUGCUAGAGGAGGGGGCGCUAGAGGAGGAGGUGCUAGAGGAGGAGGCGCUAGAGGAGGCGCUAGAGGAGGAGGCGCUAGAGGAGGAGGCGCUAGAGGAGGCGCUAGAGGGGGCGCCACAGAACAAUAUUGACAUGGAUGAUCUUGUGUCUCCAUGGGAUCAGCGCGUUGUUCAUGGCCAGAGUCAGGCCAUUGACACUGGAGAGGGGUUGCCUGGUUGUCCUCAUGCCCUGUGCUUCAAGAAGUCAAAUUUGCACCCCUGUGUCAGCAAUCUAGGCCAGGGUGAAUUUUGGUGUCCCCCAUGUUGGAGCCGCAGGUGCUCCAGUCCACUGCCGUACUCAGUGGUUGCACAAGGUGCCUACCUCACUGGCCGAAGUCACACCCACCGCCCACUGGUUUUUCACACCAUCGCCUUAAAACUUGGCGGAUACCCAGAGCGUCUGUUGCGCUGUCAGUUGGAGGAAGAAUUUUCGCCUUGGAAAAACAUGUUGCAGUGCACCAACAUUGAAAUGGUCACUGGAGCUGCCUGCCUCCCUAACGUCCGUGCCUGUGUCCGCGAUGCCCUGGCCUUUGUGAAGGCUAGAAGAGAGACUGAUUUGUUGGUUCUGUUAGACACACACUCAGAUUAUGAGAACGGUGAGCUGGUCCACAGUGUUGACAAACAUGGAAAUGUCUGGACUCUGGACACCUCAGAGGUGCUCCGCCAUUACUUGGGCCCGGAAUUGUGGAAGCAGUCCCCGGACAUGACUAGCACAAAAGGAAUGAUCCUGCUGUCCUGUGGUGCAGUGUUCACAAUGCGCUCACAUUUUGAGACAAUCAAGUCAUUGGUCUCCAGCAACCGCCUGUUGUUCAUUAUCGGCUUCACUGCUCAUUCGGUUCAACCCUCUGUGGUCAUGCCCUUCAUGCUGAGGGUGAUCAUACAGGUCUACAUUCAUCAAAUGCCUGUUGAGCUAGCCCUGGAGCAGGAGAUUGUCAACUGGACUUUGCUGUCCCAUACCCCUGUGGUGUUGCGUCCCCUCCUUCUGGUUGUGUGUGGGGCCUUCCCCCCCGGUGUGGCAAUAUUUCAUGCAAUCCUGGGCCCGGGGACAUCCAAGCCAAACGGGCGCCUCGACAAGGCGCCAAGAUCAGCUGUUGAGGAAGGCAAAGCUUCCGUUUGGUGUUCGCAUGAUCAGAAGCAAAAUGAGGACUGCAAGGAUCAAGAUGUCUUGAAUAAGAUAUGGCUUUUUCGCGGGGGAUAUUUGCUACUGUCUCUUCUGUUACCUCCGGAUGAUGCGCACGAAUGUAGGAACCGAUGUAAUUCGUCAUUUUUGUCCGGAAUGCUGGGGGCUGCAAUUUCUCUUACAUCACAAUAG